GCGUGGGGCAUAAUUUGGAUCAGCACGCAAAGGUACGGUCAGGUCUACAUAGGGCUCCGCCCUCAGUGACCCUAAAGGGACAAAACAAACAAAGCGACAUCAUAGAUUGGCCAGGCUCCUCUCGAGCGGACUAUCCGCCUCUGCUCGACCUCACCGUCCCCGACGCAAGCGACCUGCGCACGCGCCUACAAGACGACCUCUCGCUGAUUUGCUCGAACUUGAGCUGCAUGCAAGCGUCGUGUUUGACACACAAUGUGCGCCAGGUGACCUUACCGUUGGCACCUGAUGACGAACGGUUUAAACACGUACUACGAGUCGAUCGUGAAGAAGACAAAUAUAGAAAAGGGAAACCUCACUGCGGAAGUUCGUGUUACCUCCUACGGCCCCGUGACGUUUCGAAAGAAAAAAUCGCCUGGACGCCCUCUGAAAGAGCAGAGCUGCGCAUGAUGUUGCAACUAGACUCGGGCAUGUCUCCAUGCGACCUCUCUGUGCUCUGUCGUAAGCCAUGUCGAGAGAUACCCGCCAUGCGCGAAAUAUUGGCGCCGUGGCAUGCUCAGAAUGCCAACUCCAGACUUGCUACUCCAGCAGAUGCCAGUGAGGAUGCAUCAAUUCAUGAAUAUAAGGAUACCUACGCCAGUCAGUUUGCUCCGUUGAACGACCUCUGUGAUCAUGUCGGGCCUUGCACCGCACAAACCCGGUGUGCGUGUUUCCUCAACAAGUCGCACUGCAGCAGGAGCUGUCGGUGCUCGCCUAAAUGUGGCAGGCGGUGGACAGGAUGCCAAUGCGGGCGCAAGGGCGAUGGGAAGAAUCGUCGAUCGUGUCUCACGCAAGCUUGUCCGUGUCGCCGGGCGAGUCGCGAGUGUGACCCCGAGCUAUGCACACCGUGUUAUGAGCCGGUGCGGGAGGCGAGGUUUCCGGGACGUCUCGGGUCUUCUUCGAACGGAGCCCGUUCACUUCAAUGUCGUAAUUGUCAGAUACAACUGGGAUGCCGAAAGUCUCUGAAGUUGAAGCACAACGAGUCGACGGUAGGCGUGUUCCUCGUGGAGUCCGCUAAGGAAGGGGACCUCAUUGCAGAGCUCAUCUACGAGACGACCUCCGAAGCUCGAGUUCACCUGGCGCGGGAUGGAGAGCGAGACGGUGUGUAUAACUUGAAUCAGUCCUUCGACAUCGACGGUGCGUAUGCUGGGAACGAGACUCGCUUCAUCAACUCUGCUCCAGCGGCGAAAGCGACUGGUAGACUUGCCACAUUUAUGGUGAACGGCGAUCAUCGCAUUGGCGUCUUUGCGAGAAAGAACAUACCCGCAGGUGCCGAGCUCACUCUCGCCUAG